AUGGACGGCCUGCUGCUCAACACCGAAGACAUUUACACUCUGUGUGCCGACAACAUUCUUCUCAAACACGGCCGACCGCGGCUCCCCUGGUCCAUCAAAGCCCAACUUAUGGGUGUUCCUGGAAGUUCCAACGGUGACAUCUUUCACCAGUGGGCACAACUACCUAUACCGCGAGAGCAAUAUGCGAAGGAACAGAGUGAGCAACAGCGAAUCCAUUUUGCCGAAUGUAAGCCGUUACCCGGCGCCGAAAAGCUCCUCGGCGAUCUCAGCAAGGCUCGAACGGCCACCGGCCUGCCUGUGGAGAUCGCUCUAGCAAGCAGCAGCGAGAAGCUUAACUACGAUUGCAAAGUGGUGCGGCCGGAGUCGAAGGCGCUCUUGGAUUUCAUCCCCCAGGAACAUCGAGUUCUAGGGGACGAUCCACGCGUGCGCAAGGGUCGCGGGAAACCAGCACCUGAUAUUUACUUGUGUGCACUACAGAUUCUCAAUUCCAAGCUCUCGAACGGGUCACCUCCUAUUGCACCUGAGGAAUGCUUGGUCUUCGAGGACAGUGUGCCCGGUGUCGAGGCGGGGCGCAGGGCCGGGAUGAGAGUCGUUUGGGUCCCACAUCCAGGGUUAUAUGCCGAAUUCGAAGAGAAAGAGCUGGAGGUACUUGCUGGAAGAACGGGCCUGGUCAAGAUUGGCAACGAAGAACAGCUCGGUGAGAUUGGUGAUGGUUGGGCACAGCAUCUGGAGAGUCUGGAAAAUUUCCCGUACGCAAAGUUUGGCAUCGAGGUACUUUCUACUUGAAAGACAGUGAUCUGGCUGGGCUCUGCAAGCUCUCAGCAAUAUAUAACCUGACGGAGGGUCCUGAUAUCAAAGAGGAAAGCACG